GCACAUCAGGCGGAACCCGAACAGGCAGUUCUCUGUUUCUGGGGGCAAUAUGAAGUAAGUUUGAUAGGAGUUUCCGUGGAAGUAUUUGGAAACAUACCGGUGGAUUUCCCUGUUGAAACCUGCAGAUUAUAUCCAGCAGAGUUUCAGCGGAGAGGAGGACAUGGCCUCCACCAUCCAGAACACCGACGUAAAACAGAAAGAUGCUGAUCGGGCGGUGGUUGUGGCCGUGACGUCCCGUGAAGUGUUUAAAAAUGGACCCGAUGAUGGCGGUGAAAUAUUGGAAAUAGACGAGUCUCACCUGCUGCUGAAGUUACUGCACCGAGUUAAUGAACGUUUGGAGGAGGAAAAUCCUGAAGAGCCUCUCCUGUUUGAUGUCAUCCUGAUCACCACGGACAGCCAGCGGCAGCAGCAGAGCUCCCGCAUCAUCAGCAGCACGAAACAUUACGGUCUUGAAAUCAGCAGGUUCUGUUUCGCCAGCGAGGACGAUUUCGCCGAGGGUUUGCAGAAAAAUAACGUGCAGCUCUUCUUGACGACAGACAGGAACGAGGCGUCGCAGGCAGCGCAGAAAGGUGUUCUCUCGGCGCUGCUGGACCAGCGGGUAGCGUUCUCUCCGUCAGACCAGCUCAGAGUAAUGUUCUGUGAGGACGCUGUCAUCCAGCCUGACUCUGGACAUACGCCGGCGAGCACCGAACGGGCCGUUCAGAGUUUCGCGGCUCAGAUGGGUGAGAUGAGGCGGAGGUUCAGGCUGAGCGACAGCCCUCUCAGCUUCAUCCUGGUGACGCUGCACGGCGGCAGGGACCGCUGCGCCGACUCCCUGCUGACGCUACGCUCCAGCGGUCUGAGCGUGGACGAGGCGUACUGCCUGGCCGGGGCGCCUCGAGGUCCAAUCCUGUCGGUGCUGCAGCCUCACUUCAUGAUCAGCAUCAGCUCCAGUGGCCUGGAGAAGUGAUGACAUGACGACAGGACGUCAUGAUGUCUCAUGAUCUCACAAAGAACAUCGCUGUAAGUGUGUCCCAAAUCAGGUGCUGCAUCCUUCAGAAGGCGAAUUACAAGACAGGUAAUGUCACAGAGGCGUGUUACCGGCUGUCCUAUGUCCAAGGCUACUUCAAAUUUGACCAAAUAGCCGUCCUACUUUUUCAUGGCCCGAUGAAUCUGGAGAUCCAUUGCAUGCCAAUACAAAGGAGCUGGCAGACUCAAAGCAGCCAAUAAUAAUGUAAUGGAUUUCAUCUCAAUCAAAAGCUCCCAAUUAGUUAUGUUAACCAGUUCUGGUACAGCUGUUGAGGUUGCUAAGAGACAGGAGCUGAGCUUGGUAACAAAAGUGUAGGACAGCUGGUGACGCUGACAGUCUUAUUUCAGUUUGGGUUAGCCUGUGAAGGAUGCUUCCUCUGAACUGAGACACAGCUUCUGUCUUUAAAAACAAGCUGCCAAAUAUGAAACUGGAAGUUUAACAGCUCAUCCAACAAAUCUUCUCCGCUCAUUGAGCAAUAAGUGUACCAAAGUGAGGCCCCGCCCACCACAGAAACUAAAACCACAGGAUUUGUCAUUGUUACACUUCAGGAGUCUCUUCAGAUCAUGAACCUUUGAGGUGCAAAAUUACAUUAUGAGAUGUUAAAUAAUCAGAAGACGCAAAUAAGUAACUGUGCAAUGGAACAAUUUAAGGAAAACCAAUUAUGUCACAAACAAAAGGAAAUAUGAGCUUUCACUUAAACACUGUUAUUGUUGGACAUUUGUCCCUUAAAGGUGACAAUUUCAACCAGUUGAAAAAAGUCUCAGAGCUCCUCAAAACAUGUGUGUGAAGUUUCUUGUUCUAAAUCCACUCUGAUCCUGUAUUUGAUCAUGCCUAUGAACCCCUCUAUUUCAGCCCUGCUCAGAACAGACUGUUUCUGUGUCUGUACCUUUAAAUAUGUAAAUGAGAUGUUUCUGACCACGCCCCCCUCUCUGGAAGGGCUUGGGUGUACUCGGUCUUUCUUGCGCCAUGUCCUAUUGUUUACAAUGAGAAGGCAGACUCAGAGGGCAGAACAAACACCUAGCUGUGGGAGUGUCACCCACCUGGGGGAGGGGUUACUGCCCUUUGUGAUGUCAUGAAGGGAAAAUCUCCAAACAGCCUGUUUGAGCACACAUUUUCUGAAAAGUGGAGCAGGCAAAAGACGGAGAGGAUGAACUUUUCUCAUCAUUGGGGGGUUUGUAGACAGACUUGGGACACAUAUUAGAGUUAGAAAAACAUGGUGAAGUGUAUUUUGCAUAUGUGACCUUGAAAACAUUUAACAUUAAAGUGGGCCUACAGUAAUGGAGUCCAAAUAAAUUCUCCUUCCACUUGAAGGCCAUAAUUUGUAAAGCAAAAAACUUGUGGGAACACUACAUGUAUUCAUUGUUAAAAAAAGAUAUAUCUUGAAGACUAAAGACACAUAUUAGUGUUAGAGAAACAUGGUGAGCUGUAUUUAGCAUGAUAUGUUACUUUAAAGCUGUUAACAGGGUCUGUUAGUCUUCUAUAGCUGUGUCAAUCUAACCAAUCCUAAGGUUUAAUUUUUCUGUUACUUUCUGGUUACCUGCAGCACCUGUUUGUUUGUUUACUCUGCUACUACUGCUCUUUUUCUUACUUUUAGCACAGUUCCAAAAACCUUCAACUCCUUAAAUCCACUUCACGUGUCUCGUCCAUGUGGUAGACGAUGUGGUAGUUGUGAGCGAGUGUUUGUUGACUUUUUUUUUUUUUCUUCUGAGAACUGUAUGAAAAAGUGUAUAUGGUCAGUGAGAUGUAUAUCCUGUAAAAAAAAAAAGCUUGAUAUCAUGUGAGCACAAGUUAAAUCUUAAGUGAGAGGGUUUUCUCACAUCUGUGGUCUUAAGAUGUGGUUUUAGAAGAAAAUCAUUAUAUUAAAUAUUAAAAGGGAAAGUGGAAAUAUU